UUGCGGGCGACUAGAGUCCGAAAGUUGGAACUAUAAUAUUUUGAAGCGGGAGUUGCACCGUUUCUACGUUAUCAAUCUUAUCUUAUAUGAUAUUUUUGUAAGAUAGAUGCUCAUUUGUAAUACUAAUAUAUUAAAUCAUUAACUAAAUAAUCCAAGUCGCGUCUAAUAAAUAUAACAUUUCGCUCAUAUAUAACAUUACAAUAUAUAUUCGUGCAAAGAUAAAUAACACUUGAUAUUUUAUUUAUUUUUUUAUUCUAUUAUGUUACUUGGGAUUAAUGGAAGUUUUCUCACCUGGAACGUUAACUAGCGCGAGACCAUUGUUAUAAUAUUCGCGAGAUCGUUGAUCGAGAUUAAAGCCCGACAUCUCGUGAGUGGUCGCAUCUCGUGACUACCACGUCGUUGAAUAAUUAAGGGAAUAAUUACGCCAGGUCCGCGCGAGUUUCAACGAGUUUCCGCCGUGUUUUCGUUUCGCGAACGCGCGUGCGAGCGAUCGAUGAACGAUCGCGUAGGUGGAGAUUAUACCUCCCCGAGAUUUUCGCGGCGCGAAAAUGCGCAACGAAGUUGAAGCCUCAAAGUCGCGUGUGUAAAACGUGCUGCGUUGUAAUUUUGAAGGGAAAUUACGAUCGAGGAGAGAUCGGACAGAUCGUCGAUUUCCGACUCGAUCAGUUCGCCAUGUGAAAUCGGCUGUGAAACCGAACGUCCGAGGGCACCGGAAGCAUGCCGGCCGGCAUCUCGGCGCUGGCGCCGUCGACGGACGCGACGUCGUUCGACCAUGAGACGAAGGACCCGCCGGCCUUCACGAUUCUGCAGAAGGAUGGUCUGGACUCGAGCCUGCCACUGCUACAUGUCAACGAGGAGAACGAGACGGGCGCGCCCAGAUUCUCCACCAAUCUGGAGAACAUGAGAAACGCCAUGAGGAACGGCGACCUGUACCACCGCCGGCGCAUCAGCCGCUCGAACGAGCACCUGGUGCUCGCCAGCCUGCAGUCGAAUCAGGUGAAUCCACUGCGGAAGAAGCACCAGAGCAAGAGCCAGGAUUGCCUGGACGCCGAAGAGAGUGGACCAUUUGCGAACAGUACGAAGCCCAGUCUGGUCCUGUCGACGGAGGACUUCAACGAGGUACUGAACGCGAAACUGCGACGGAUUCAAGAGCAAGCGGAAGCCGAGCAAGAUCGCAGGUCGCCGAAGAAAUCGCUGUCGCAGCGGAAACCGUUCAUCACGACCGUGAGGACCGGCGAGUUCCUGAUGCCACCACCGGAAGUGGCGGCCCUGCUCGGUAUAGCACCCAGCGCGGCGAAGAAUGACGAGGAGGGGGUGGACGGGACCUGCUCCCUGAGGAGCAGGUUCAAGCCGCUGGUGGCCAAGAGGCCGGAAGUACGUCACAGCAGCCACAACGCCCGGUGCCCGGCCGCCCUCAAGGCCACGGUGGACUUUUCCCUUGGUAUGGUGAACGCUACCGCGAUCGCCGCCGCCUCGACCUUGGAGGAGCGCGCAAGAACGUUCAAGAGGAGCGAGUCGGCCAGAUUCCCGCAGACGCCGCGAGCUUUACCGAAAAAGCUGGAACCGAUCGAGGGCAUGAUGAAUGUGCUGCCGAGACUGCCCGGCGAUGCGUCGCUUCCUUUCGGGAACAUCAUGUUCGACCGCCGCGUGGCCCGCGGAAGCGCUUUCGCUUCCGUUCCUACUCUCAUCGAUGGAGAACAAUCGAUAGCAGCGAGGCAAGCGGAAGCGAGAAGAAGGCAUUUGGCGAGGAAACGCGCCCAGACUACCAGAGCGCUCGUCACGAGGAUGGGUUCGCCUCCUCCGGUUCCUGGCAGGAAACAUGAGCCAGUCCAGACGGAAGUCUUUCUCGAAGAGCUGGCCGAGAAGCCGGACGAAUCUGAAGUAGCCACGCAAACCGAUUACUUCUUGGAGAAGCCGGUAACGCCGAGGUACUGUCCAGCCAAAGUUGGUCAGGACGCUUGCACGCAAAUCGAAGCCGGAGAAUUGUUCGACUACGACACCGAGGUGCAACCGAUCCUAGAAGUGCUGGUUGGUAAAACCAUUGAACAAUCCCUGAUCGAGGUCCUGGAGGAGGAGGAGAUUGCCGCCCUCAAGGAGCAGCAGAGAAGAUUCCUCGAGCUACGCGCCGCCGAGAAAGCAGAGGAGCAGCGAUUGGCGGAGGACGAGAGGAGACGCAGGGAGGAGAAGGAUCGACGGCUGAAACAGCACGAGGAGGCGAUGAAGGCUCAGCAGGAGACGGAGGAGCGAGUCGCGGCGGCGGUGUUGCUGACCGGAUACAUCGCCGAGCUUCUACCUUCAGUCCUGGAAGGCCUGAAGAUGUCCGGUUACCUCUUGGACGAGAUCAAGGCCGAUGUCGAGGAAGGUUUCAUGCCGUGGUUGAUGAAGGAGGUCAAAAAGGAGAUGGGUAACAUGAUCGAGAGCAGAGAACUGUUAAUGGAGAUCAUCAGGGAGAUUUUGGAGAACCGCGCGCGGACGUACCGACAACUCGGCGAGGAAUAUGACGCUUCGAGGGACAGGGGACCAACGAUCGAGGAUGAUUUGGGGGAGGAACAGGAGGGUGGUAUCGACGAGAAUUUCGUCAACUACGAAUCGCCAGCAAUCGAGAAUCAUCACGCGAUCUAGCGUGACGAUCACGACGCGGUUCAGACUGAUUUGGCAACGCCUAACACUGCACAACGCUUUCAAGACAAAUCGAGAAGCCGAUUACGUCCUGAGACGUAACUCGUGCGCUUUAAUUAUAGCCAGAGUUCGAGGAUGUAUCCAAAUUUAGUACAUGCAUUAAAUAAAAAAACAUUUAAAGAAAA